ACACAAGUGUAUAUAGUACUGUCUUCGUCAGAAGGUCGUCACACAAAAUAUCUGUUCUAACCUAAUAACUUUGUUCACACAUCAGUUAUAGCUCAAUCAAAUUUUAUUAACAAUUCUUGAAUAUAAAUUUUAAUUGUCUAUAAUGAGUUUACCUCGAGUAUUGAUCGUUAGUACGAAAGAAGGAAAAGCUAAGGAAAUUGCAGAAAAUAUAGGUGCGGAACAUUUAUCUGAGGAAAAUGACAUUGUGGAUUAUCUGUGGAAUAUUGACAACAAAUAUUACACAUCACAGAUCUUGGUGCGCACCACAGAAAGUAAAUCCUGUAAACUUCCAAUGGAAGGAAUCAAUGCGUUGAUUGUGUACCAUGAUCCACAGGCACACACUGUGGAUCAAGAACUAGAGUAUUUGGCAUCGUUAUCUAAUUCAUUAACAACAGCAGAAGUAUUUUUAUUUUCCUGCAGUGCAAUAACUGAUACACUUCUACGAGAUAAAGUAUUAAAUUGGUGUUUACACAAUAAAUUUGAACUGGUUGAAUUAGAUCAAACAGGAGACUCAGAAUCUGAUACAGAGGGUAACAAAUAUGGUAUUGAAAGAAUCAUAGAAGCUCUACAUGCUCACACAUGGCCUAAUAUUAUACUUAAAAAUAAACCAUGUGCGGAUGAAACACACGAAGUUAAUGAAAUUGGAGAACAAUUUGAAAAUAUUCAAUUAACACAUGAUCUUUCUGAAAGGCUACAUGUGCAAGACAUAAUUGAUGGCAUUUUGGGUGAUGAAAAUGCAGACUUUGGAGAACUAUUAGGUCAAUUUAUGGCCAUGAAAGAACAGAUAGCAUCUUUACCAUCAAAUGAAAGGCGCGCAGUGGCUGAACAAAUAGUUGCUGCCUUUUGGAAAGCCAUGGGCGGCGAUCAUCUAGAAAUCGAAGAUUGAAUUUACGAUUUAAAUAUCGUAAUAUAUUAUUUAGAUUAACUACAAAUUAUUUUGACUUCAAAUUGAUUUAAGAUGCACUAGAAAGCUCAAAAUAAUAAAAUGUAAUUGUAAAGAUUUGCAUAUUGCAAUAACGUGCAUUAUGACUGUAUGAUAAAAAAAACAAUUUUUUAAAAAAUAAGUUACAUAUAUAUAUAAACAGAUAAUGAUAGAUAGGAAAGUUUUAAUAAUACUAUGAACAUGGAACAUUUAUUGAAAAUGUUAUCUUGUAGCUGUAAAAUAUUAUAUAAGUAUAAUAUGUUUGUAAUAAACAUAUGUAUUAAGAUUUAAA